AUGAAGGACAUCGUGCUCAAGCAGAAGCUCCGCAAGGGCCGGCGAAAGGCGCGCCGAAAGAGCGGCGAAGAGUCGUACCAAGAGCGCCGCAACAACUCGGCGCAGCAGACGCGCGACCGCAAGAAACAGGCGCGCAAGCGGCUGCGCAUGGUGCAGACCCAGCGCGCGCUCGACAAGCAAACCGAGCUUGUGCGCAACUGCCCGAUCCACAAGAAGGAGGUGGCCAAGCGCGCCAAGGGACCGCUGCAGCAGCACGAGUGGAAGCUGCGCGGCGCCGCGCGCCCGGCCGCGCUUCUCGCUCGCAUCGCCAACGGCGAGUGCGACGCCGACGGCAACGAGUUCAAGGCACCCGAGAAGACGGUCGAUCUCUUUGAAACGAUGCCUGGCAAGUUUGGCGAGCGCGAAGAGACGGUCGAGUACCUCCGUCUGCGCAAGGAGGUCGCGCUGGCCACGUGCCAAGCGGGUAUGAUGGAAGACGGCAUUGCUCACUUUGAGGCGUGCUUGGAGCUCGAUCCGACGGAUACGGUCUGUGCCCGCGAAGGUCUCGUGUGCGCGCUUGUCGACGAAGGCCGCGCGGACGAAGCGCGCGUCUUCUUGGACAAGUUCGAAACGACGACGGCGAUUCUCGAGUACUGUCGUGUCAUCAUCGAAUACGUGAGCUGGGAAGUGCUUGAAGAGGAAGGCUCGUCCGAGGAGCUCGUCCAAGCGGCGUUCGAGAAGGCAUGGAGCCUGAACCCGUACAUUGCCAUGUUCAUCGCUGGGUACGAGUCGUUCAAUGCCGUCGUCGAGUAUGUGGACGAAAUCAAGGCGUACGAUAUGGGCUCGAUCGAGGAGUCGUUCCUGUACUGCGCGACCAACAUUGGUGUCUGGCUCGACACGGUCGGCGCCCAAGCGUGGAUCCAAAAGGAGAUUGAUGCCCGUGACGAACCGAGCGUCGACGAGACCAAGUACCAGGACGAAAUGUACCUUGGCAUGUACACGACCGCCGUCGAAAUGUUCAAGGAGGCGCAAAACGAAUCCAACAGCGAGAACGAGAACGACGACGACGACCAAGAGUAAGCCACUAGGGCACAUCCACCUGCAUAUAAAACCGCCUUCUUCUCCC